AUGGCUUCCUCAAUUAGUGGGCCUGUGCCGUUACCUCAGUCGAAAUAUGACUUAAGUACGUAUUGGGGACGUGUUAAGCACUGUGCACAAAUCUCGGACCCAACGAUGUUACUAAAUAGUACAAAGGACUUGGAAACCGCGAAAAGAAUAGUGUGGGAUUAUAAGAAUGGAGUAACUCCCACAAUUACGCCAGAGUUGUGGCAUGCCAAAAAAGUGUUGGACUCGGCUUUGCACCCGGACACAGGGGAAACUGUUAUAUUACCAUUCAGAAUGUCUUCAUGCGUCUUGUCGAAUCUUGUAGUUACGGCGGGUAUGCUUACUCCAAAUUUAGGUACUUUUGGCACAUUAUUUUGGCAGAUUGCAAAUCAAAGUUUGAAUGUGGCGAUAAACACAGCGAAUUCGAACAAGUCGCAUCCAUUAUCCACGAAGCAGGUUGUCAUCAAUUAUACAAUGGCAGUGACGGCGUCUUGUUCAGUUGCGUUGGGAUUGAAUUCGUUAGUGCCUCGUUUAAAAAACUUGAAGCCGAAUACUCGAGUGAUUUUGGGGAGGUUAGUACCUUUCGCAGCAGUUGUUUCUGCAGGUGUAGCGAAUGUGUUUUUGAUGAGAAGUGAAGAAUUGAAAAAGGGUAUUUCCGUGUUUGACAAGAAUGGUAAGGAGGUAGGUACUUCGAAAACAGCUGCUUGGUAUGCGGUUGGUGAAACCGCGGCUAGUCGAGUCAUAAAUGCAACACCAAUCAUGGUAAUUCCUCCUUUGAUAUUGGUGAGACUACAAAGAAGCAGGUUUUUAAAGGGGAAAUCGAAAAUGGUAGAAACGUUGACAAAUAUUGGAUUAAUCUUUGUAACAUCUUUGGUUGUCUUGCCCUUCGCAUUGGGUGUAUUUCCUCAGAGAGAAACCAUAUCUGUUGGAAAAUUGGAGAGUAAAUUCCACGAUUUGAAAGAUAAAGAAGGCGGUAAAAUCACGGAAUUGGAGUUUAAUAGAGGUAUGUAA